AAGUUCUUGAUGGAAAUUAAAAGUGCUACUCUAGUGAAUAGACAAAUGGUAAGAAACUGCUUUAUUGCUGAUAUGUAGAAAGUUUUAGGGGUCUGAAUAGAAGAUCAAACACGCCUCAACAUUCCCUUAAGCCCAAGCCUAAUCCAGAACAAGACCCUACCUCUCAUCAAUUCUGUGAAGGCCAAGAGAGGUGAGGAAGCUGCAGAAGAGAAGUUGGAAGCUAGCAGAGAUUGGUUCAUGAUGUUUAAGGAAAGAAGCUGUCUCUGUAACAGAAGACAGUGCAUCAUGGAGCAGCAAGUGCUGAUGUAGAAGCCCAGCAAGUUAUCCAGAAGAUGUAGCCAAGAUAUUUGGAUUGGAACUGCAUUUUGGAAUUCAUCAUUACUUACAAUGUCACCAUCAAAUGACCAUCCAGUUAGACCCACCCCCCCAGAUGGAGGCUGGGGAUGGGCAGUGGUUGUUGGAGCUUUUAUAUCCAUUGGUUUCUCUUGUGCGUUUGGCAAAUCUAUUUCUGUAUUUUACAAAGAAAUUGAAGAAAUAUUUAAUGCCAGCACCAGCGAAGUGUCAUGGAUCUCUUCUAUUGUGUUUGCUGUCAUGUAUGCUGGAGGUCCUAUCAGCAGUAUCCUGGUGAAUAAAUAUGGCAGUCGUCCAAUCAUGGUUGUUGGCGGCUGCCUGUCAGGCUGUGGCUUGAUUGCGGCUUCUUUCUCCAAAACUGUACAGGAACUUUACUUGUAUAUUGGAUUUAUUGGAGGUCUCGGGCUUGCCUUCAACUUGAAUCCAGCCCUGACCAUGAUUGGCAAGUAUUUCUACAAGAGGCGACCGCUGGCAAACGGACUGGCCAUGGCAGGCAGCCCUGUGUUCCUCUCUACUCUGGCUCCCCUCAAUCAGACUCUCUUUGAUAUCUUUGGCUGGAGGGGAAGCUUCCUAAUUCUUGGGGGCCUCCUACUAAACUGCUGUGUAGCUGGAGCCCUGAUGCGACCAAUAGGGCCGCCACCAACCAGUGUGGGGAAAGAUAGAUCUAAAGAAUCCCUUCAGGAAGCUGGAAAAUCUGACGAGAAAAAGGGAGCAGGUGAUACAAAUACAGACUUUAAUGGCAGAAACCCUAAAGAGGAGAAACCAUCGGUUUUUCAAACAGUUGAGAAACAGUUGGACUUAUCCCUGUUUACCCACAGAGGCUUUCUACUGUACCUCUCUGGGAAUGUGAUCAUGGUUUUUGGGCUGGCUACUCCUUUAGUCUUUCUUAAUAGUUAUGCCAAGAGUCAACAUUACUCUAGUGAGAAGUCUGCCUUCCUUCUUUCUAUUCUGUCUUUUCUCGAUAUUAUAGCUAGACCUUCUAUGGGACUUGUAGCCAACACCAAGUGGAUAAGACCUCGAGUUCAGUAUUUUUUUGCGGCUUCUAUUGUUGCAAAUGGAGUGUGUCAUCUGCUAGCACCUUUAACCUCCAGCUACACUGGGUUCUGUGUCUAUGUGGGCUUCCUUGGAUUUGCAUUUGGAUGGCUCAGCUCAGUGUUGUUUGAAACACUGAUGGACCUCGUUGGACCUCAGAGGUUCUCCAGCGCCGUGGGACUGGUGACCAUUGUGGAAUGCUGUCCUGUCCUCCUGGGGCCACCACUUUUAGGUCGUCUGAAUGACAUCUAUGGAGACUACAAAUACACCUACUGGGCAUGUGGUGUGAUCCUAAUUAUCGCAGGCAUCUACCUCUUCAUUGGCAUGGGCAUCAAUUAUCAACUUGUGGCAAAAGAGCAGAAAGCAGAGAAGCAGCAGAAAAAGGAAAGUAGAGAGGAGAAGCCAAGAGAAGUUAUUAAAACAGCAGAAUCUAUAGAAUAGAGAGGCCCACGUGGCCCCAAAGAGGAGAAACAUCUCGUCUGAAUCAUGGAUAACCAGAGGAGCUUUGAACCAAACAUUCUACUGAAUCAUGUUCUGUUAGUGCCGCUCACCACAGCCAGUGGACAUCUGUGUGGAAGUGAUACUGAUGAGGGAGCAGAAGCCUAGCUGAGGACAAAGCAUGAGCUGAUACCCCCAACCUUACCUCUCCUGGGUGGGGUAUAUGUAGCAUUCCUCCAGGGAGCUCCCAACUGUCUUAAUGUGCAUGUCUUGCUAGAGAGAAAAACAACCUUAACCUGAUUAUGGCAAGGCCUCCAGUAUCUUGUAGGUCCUCUUUAGCAUAGGAAAGUUCUUUUGUAAACCUUCCUUUUCCUGAUCUCCCCCAACUCCCAAAUAUAUAAUCAGCCACCCCUCACAAUUCAGGUAUAGCUCUUUCUGCCCACAGGUCCUGUCCCCAUGCUUUAAUAAAACCACCAUUUUGUACCAAGACAUCUCAAGAAUUCUUUCUUGGUCAUUGGCUCUGGGACAUCACCCCACUAAAACUCACCUAUAUUCAAAAAUACAUCAAUAUCAAGUGUCCAUUGAUGGGAUUUUUAUUUCAUUCCUUACAUCAAUCAUAAUUUAUAUGUCACAUCCUUUGGGAUCAGGGGAUUUGCAAAAGAAAGUUUCCUAUUUGAAGUCAUAUUUACUAAGGUGUACUUUACAUACAGUAUAAAUGUCUUUUAUAAGAUUAUAGUUUGAUGAAUUUUGACGAGGUAUUUAGAUAAGUAACUAUCACUCCAAUACAGAACAUUUCUAACAGACAAUAUAAUUCCCUCCUGCCCCUCUGCAGUCAAUUCCCUUCCCUUACCUACAGCCCCUAGCAAACAUUGAUCUGAUUUCUGUCCCCUAUAGUUUUGCCUUUUCCAGAAUGGAAUAAAUGAAACCACAUGGUAUGUAGCUGGCAUAGUAAGAAAUAUAUAUUUGCUCUUUGUCCCUAGUUCCUAGUACCUAGUUCCUAAAACCCUCGGCUUUCCCAAGUGAUGAGUGUCUUUUGCAUGCUUAGAUGACUGGUGGCUAGAACCUCCUAGAUAGCUUCAAGAAUGAGGCUGGUCUCCAGAAAGACCAAGGCAUGAUUAAAGGGUUGGAACUUUCAGCCCUUCCCCAUGACCUCUGGGGCAGGGGGGCAGGGGGUGGGUGGCAUGGGAGAGCUAGAAGUUAAGUUCAAUUACUAACAGUCAAUGAUUUAAUCAAUUGCAUCUAUGUAAUGAAACCUCCAUAAAAGCUAAACUACAAGGCUUAGAGAGCUUCCUGGUUGGUGAAUACACUGAUUGGGCUGGUGUUGGGAGGGUGCUCAGAUGGAGCACAGAAACUCUGUGCCAUGCCUCCCCACCAUACCUUGCCUUUUGCAUCCUGUGCAUCCCUUCCAUUUGGCUGUUCCUGAGUCAUAGCCUUUAGAAAUAAAUCAAUGAAUGUAAGUAAAGUGUUUCCCUGAGUUCUGUGAAAUUCCUGGCAAAUUACCAAGCCAGAGAAAAAAGUGAAGGGAACUCCCAGCUUCUAGCUAGUUGGUCAGAGGUACAGGUGGCAACCUGGGACUUGUGGCUGGAAUCUGAAGUAAGGGCAGCCUUGUGGGACUGAGCCUUUAAACCUGUGGAAUCUGCACUAACUCUAGGGGCUUACUGUCAGCAUUGAAUUGCAGUAUAGGAUACCUAGUUUAGAGUCUGGAGAGUUGGAGAAGUGGUUGCUGUUGUGGAAAAAAUGGAAUGUGAGAAGUGUUGUGAGUAACUGAGUAAUCUUUUGUGUCUAGCUUCUUUACAUGGCAUAAUGUUUUAGGAUUCAUCCAUGUCAUUCCAUUUAUACAUAGUUUGCUGCUUUUAUUGCUUAGUAAUAUUCUUUGUACGGAUGUACCAUAAUUUAUAUCUCUCCACUGAUUGAUGGACUUUGGUUUUUUUCCACUUUUAGGCUAUUAUGAAUAAAGCCUCUAUAAACAUUCCCAGAGAGGUCUGUGUAGACAUAUGCUUUCAUUUAUCUGGGGAAAAUGCCUAGCAUUGGGGUUUCUGGGUCAUGUGGCAAAUACAUGUUUAACUUUGUAAGAAACUAUAAAACUAUUGUGGAAGUAGCCAAACCAUUUUGUAACUCAACUAGCAAUGUAUGAGAAUUCUAGUAAUUCUGCAUCCUUGUCAGCAUCUGGCAUUGUCAGGCUUUUUAAUUUUAAUUUCUCUGACAACUAAUGAUGUUGACCAUUUUUUCAUGAGCUUGGUCAUCUGUAUAUUUUUAGCAAAACCUUUUUAAUCCUGAAAUUUGACAGAGUCUUAGAAACAUUUAAGUACCUUACAUGUUUGUGAUGAGCACUGGGUGUUAUAUAUAAGUGAUGAAUCAUUCAAUUCUACUCCUGAAACUAAUAUUACACUAUAUGUUAACUAACUAAAAUUUAAAUAAAACACUGAAACAAAAAAAUA